AAGCAAUUGAGUUUUGUUAAUUCAGUUUAUUUUGUAUCGUGAGUUCAUAAAGUGUGCUAAAUCGGAGCAGAUAUAUUUAAUGGAAGCUGAUCAGCUUUAAGUUUAUUUUAUAAUAAAAAAAAAUUAUGACAAUAAUAUUUAAAUUUAUUAAAACAAGAGUAUUAUAGUUCGUGAAGCACGAAAUCUUUGAUAAUCAAAAAAUAGUGGAACAGUAUGUCAUCGACUUUAAUGAUAUUUUUCAUCAUAACAAUAUGUUUGCAUUUAAUGGCAGUUUUAUGCAUGUACGAAGAGCAUAAAAAACCUACAUAUAUUGAAGGACGUGUGGGUGGUUAUGUUGUGUUCAAUUGUCCGCUUGAGUUUCCACAGGAGAAUUAUCCUAUUCCGUAUCAUCUUCAUUGGAGAAAAGAUAAUAAAUUAAUUUUCUCAUGGUACGGAAGCGAUACUCAAGUAGCAGGACAAUUUAGUGGUCGAAUUCAUCUAGUUGAUAAUAAAAUAGGCAUUGGAAAAGCAUCAAUAAAUCUAACAUCUGUUCGAGAUUCAGAUACUGGAUGGUACGAGUGUAAAAUGAGUUAUCCGAAUCGUUCACCACAAACACGUAACAAUGGGACAUGGUUUCACUUAAGUGUUGAUGGCGGCACAUUAUUGAAAAUACCACCAGUAAAUCAAACAGUCCUUGAAUUUGAAUCUGCUUACUUUCAUUGCUCUGUUAAAAAUACUGAUACGAUGUUUGUUACAUGGUUUAAGGAUGAUGAACUUUUAUCUCAGUUUCCUGAUUUAUCAUCGAGGACUGUUAUGGGCGCUGAUGGAAGCUUGCUAAUCACACCUACUAUAAUGACUGACUUAGGAAUGUUUAAAUGCCGUGUUCGGAACAAUGUAGGGGAAGAAGAAGAAGCUUCUGCUUUUUUAAAUGUACAAUAUAAGGCAAAGGUGAUUUAUUCACCUAAAGAAGUCUACUUUGCAUUUGGUCAAACAGCUAUUUUAGAUUGUCACUUUCGUUCAAACCCUCCUCUCACCAACUUGAGAUGGGAAAAAGAUGGAAUCUUAUUUGACCCAUAUAAUGUUCGAGAUGUUUAUUAUAAACGAAAUGGAAGCUUAUAUUUCAGUGAAGUUGAUGAUUUGCAUUCUGGAAAGUAUACAUGUACACCAUUCAAUGAACUAGGAACAGAUGGUCCAUCAUCAAUAAUCAAUGUGAUUGUACAACACCCACCUGAAUUUACUUUGAAACCAAAAUCAGUUUAUAUACAGAAACUUAACGAUUCAUUAACAAUGCAUUGUUCAGCUCAUGAUAAACACACUGAUGAAGAUCGAUCGCUUAUAGCUUGGACCCGUAAAGAUGGUUUAGCUUUACCUUACGGAAGACACCAUGUUGAUGGAGGAAAUUUAACACUUGAAAAUAUAACCGCUCCUGAUAGAGGUGUUUACAUUUGUUCUGCGAUUAAUGAAGCUGCAAGAAUCGAGACAGAGGCGGAACUAAUGAUUGAAACUUUCUCACCCAAAGCUCCAUCAAAUCUUACCGCAAAUAGUACUAAAGAUUCAGUAACCAUUUACUGGACCCAAAAUUAUCUCCGACCUGACCUUAAAUUUACUGUUUGGUAUCGUUUAUCAGACGGCCUUGAAUGGAGAACUCGUCAGUUAAGUUCUAGUAAAAAAUAUGAAGCAACAAUAGACAAUCUUGAACCUGCAAGGGAAUAUGAAUUUAUGGUUUUGUCACAAGAUCGAUACAAUGAUGGCCUUUUUAGUAAACCAUAUAGAUAUAGAACAAAAGCUCAUGACUAUGAGGAACCAUCUGAACUACCUAAAAGUACUUUACAAUUUUCGCAAAUUGGCCCACCUCGUAAUGUUUCUGUAAAAUUGAAUGAAGAUGGUUAUUUUGUUUCAUGGGAUGCACCUGAAUUUGGUCAAGAUCAAUUUGGUCUUUAUAUAAUCCGAUGGUUUUUAGAACCAGAGCAUGAAUUAUGUGGAUCAAUAGAAACGAGAAAUAAUUCUUAUACAGUUCCUGAAGAUAAAUUAGAUGACGGUGUUUCGUACAGCUUUCAAGUAUCAUCAGUUUCAACAUACAGUUACGAGGCAGCAAGUGAUCUCUAUAAAAUUGCUACACCCCAAUAUCGUAUUGUGCAAGCUAUAACAAUCGGAGCAGUCGGAUUGCUUAUUUUGUUAGCACUUGCUGGCAUUUUGUUCUAUAUGAAGCGACAUUUAUUCACAUCAAAUUACUCAAAUGAUGAUAAAGUUUAAGAAUAAUUUUAUUAAAAGUUUAAAUGGAGUUGAAGAAUUAAAACGAAGCUUUUAUAUCGAUGCCAAAGACUUUUCUAUU